AUGAAGCCUCGUAGUGCAGGCAACAGUCCUUCGUCAGCAACCAGGAGACGCCCAACAGUGAAUCAAAAUGUGAUGCAUGGAAUGCCCACUCAAUAUCAGUCAUCACUGGAAGAAGUCCUUCUCGCCUCAGCCGCCCGGAACCCACGUCCGAUGAGCUGGCAUCCUUCAUCCGCAAGAGCGCGGGGUCUUUCCAACCCUUACAUCUCAGAUUUCCCUUCGGAUAGCUAUGCCGGUCUGGGAGCCGUGCCUGAUCAAUACCUCACCUCAGCCGUCUACGGCGGUGAAGGCAUCAUGUCAUAUCCUGAGGACUUGCCACUACCACAGCACACGCCGGGGUUCAUGACUGGCUCACAGGUCGACCCCAUGGGAUGGGAUGUCGCCACUAUGUCCACCGAUAUGUCAACGAUGUCGCACCCGGCCUCCGACAACUGGAGCCUGGACAUGCUAUCAAUGGGCACCAACAUCCCCCCACCAGAGACAACAUGUCCAAGCUACGUCAGCGUCCCCUCCCCAGGUGAACUGAGUGGCCCAUCAACACCGGACUUUCUCCCCAUUCAACAAUUCGAGAAUCCCUUCCAGCCCAGCGCAGAGACCAAGAAAACCGGAAAGGGCGAAGAAGAACUAGUCGGCAUGGGCCUCUACAGCCAGCCCAACGGAACACUGGCACGAGCCCCGCAGAGCAAAUCAGGCAGCGAGGAGGACGCAGAGGUCGAGAUCAUUGGGCAGCAGGAAUUGCCCCAGCAACCAAACACCUACCAUGAAUCCGCGCCUACCAUUCGCCAGUCGAACUUCACUUCCAAGCAGCAGCCCAGACAAGCUCUGAAUCUGCUCCAGCGGUCUUUCUUCUUCGACCAUGAUGAUGCGGAUCAGCAGCCCAUGACUGCUGCACAGCCUUUUGCUAGUUUCAAUCAGCCCUGCAUGAACUAUGGGUAUGGGUGGAUCUGA